AUGAAGGCUCCUACAUCCACAAUACGGGCGGCCGUAUCUUCUGCUGCUCCUGCCUCAAACAACAAGGAGAAGACAAUAACCGUCAUCACUCGCGACAAUAUUCGAACCCUAAAGCCACAUGUGAAGGGCAGCAAACCAACCUCCAGUGCUGGUAAGCACAUCGCUGGGUUUGUCGUCAAAUCCUCUGAAUUGACCCAAGUCAGGUCUGAUGCCAUUCUACGCACUGAAGCCGAAAUCAGACGUCGCAACGCUGAAGAGUCAUUGGAACGCGACGAAAAGGCUGCUGCUGCAAAGAUGCGCAGGGAACGUAUGGAACAGCACGACCGUGAACGAGCACAAAACGCUGCCUUGUCUGAGCUAGAACAAGAAGCUCGUGAACGUUCUCAACACUUGUUGGCCAAGGCUCAAGCCCAAAUAGAUGAACAAGAAGAUGACAUCAAGAGAUUGAAUGAGUUGAUUCUGUAUGCCAAGUGUGUGGCUAUUCGUGAUGCUCAGAUCGAAGAAAAGAAAAUGAUUGACGCAGAAAAGAAGCUCGAACAAUCUCGAUUGGAUGUCAUGAUGGAAACAGAUCGUAUUAAUGAGCUCAAGAAGCUCGAAGAACGUGAAAAGUUGCGUGUAGAGGAACAACGAAAAGGAGCAGCCAUAAUCCGCAAACAAAUCGAAGAACGCCAAGAACAACUAGUACUCGAAGAAGAGCGCAAAGACCAAGAAACUCAAGCAAUGCUAAAAGCACUUCGUGAUCGCGCUGAAGCCGAACAACGUGAAAAAGAGGCCAAAGUUAAAGCUCAACGACUCCUGAUGCAGCAAGUCGUUAAGGCCAACACUGAAUCGCUUGAACACAAGAGACAGCAACGAUUGGCGGAAGAGGAUGAAGAUAGGAAGGUUAUGGUGUAUCUUUUGGACAAGGAUCGACGACAGGAGGAGGCUGAGAAGGAGAAACAGCUCAAGAAGAUUGAGCGUGAGAAGGAUGUUGCGCGUUUACGUGCUAUGCAAGAGAAGUUUGCAGACAAACAAGCCCAACAGGACGCCCUCCGCGCCCAGCGUGCCCACGAAGCCUACGAACGUGAAUGGAGACGCCAAAAGAAGGAAGCCGCUGAAAAAGCUUCGUCUCAAGAACGUGAACUCCGUGAAGAACGUGCUCGUCAAUCCCUCGCUCGUGAAUCUGCUAUUGCCGCUGAAGCUCAAGCCAUGCGUCAAGAAUUCUACCGAUCGUUGCAACGACAAAAGGAAGAAGAGCAACGAUUACAAGCUGAGACUAUUAUCAAACAUGAAAAGAAUCGUGCUUAUUCGCUUGAAGUUCAGGCACAAAUCAAGCAGAAGGAAAUUCUUCGUGGUAAAGACCGUCAGGAGUUCUUCAAGGAGGGUGAAAAGCUUGCUGCGUUACGUGAAGAGAAGAAGAAGAAGGUUGAUCGUGUCAAGGAACGAAAGAUUGAGUCUCUUCGUCAAAUCGGUGUACCUGAAAAGUACUGUAAAGAAAUCGAACGUCAAUCAUUCCGAUGA